UUUUUAUAAAAAAAAAAUCCACCACAUUUCCGCAAAUGAGAAAGCUUUACAACCACAACAAACACAAAAUCCACCCAUCACCGCCGCCGACGUCGGCGCCACCCACGACCACCAUAAACCACUUAUCUAUACUACCACCAGCAAUAGCCACACUCGCCGCCGCCCUUUCACUGGCAGACCAAGAAGUCUUAGCUUACCUCAUCUCAAGCUCCAUAUCCACCAAACCCACCAACCAAUUUGGCGGCUGUGAAGGCGGUGGAUACCACGCGCCGCAGUUUAACUGCAACUGUUUUUCUUGCUACACAAGUUACUGGGUUCGUUGGGAUUGUUCAAAAAACAGACAAUUGAUUCAUGAAAUCAUCGAUGCUUAUGAAGAUGGAUUAAUUCAUAACAAGAAAAACAAGAAACAUAGGAAAAAGAAUAAAGUUUCUCCUCAGCCGCCGCCGCCGCAAGUUGUUGAUAGUAUUUCUCACGCGCCGCCGCCAGUCGAGGAAAGCUCCGGUGAGGAUGAAGAUGACGUGGGUCAAGAUAAAAUGGUGACGUCAGAAAAAGGUUCAGUUAGAAAAGUUGUAAAUUUUAUCGGUAGCAGGAUUUGGGGGGUUUGGGGUGUUUAAAUUUUUAUUUAUUUCAUUUUUUAGAAGUUUUUUUACUUGAAAAUUUUAAGUUUUUGAACAAAAAGUUACCAAUUUUCCCAUUUUUUGUGAAGUAUAAAUUGGUGAUUUUUUAUUUUUCUGUUUUAUUUUGUUUUUUUAUUAUCAUUUUCCCAGGACUAUUGGAUGUGGUGAUGUUUUUAUUUUAUUUAUUAUUUCUGGAGAUGAGAAAUGGGAAGAAGUAAAUGUAUAAAUAAAUAAAUGUUCUUCGUUA